UUGCAUGCAGGCGAGAUAAAGGACUGGCCAUUUGAAUGAAUGCUGAACAAAUAAGGAACUGAUAGCAGGAAAUGAGUAAUGACACAUCCACUGUUUCCUAAAUGUUCAUGCCUGGGUAUUUCCUUUAAUGCACAUAAGAGUGGGUGACACAGACUCUACAGUAAUCACUGCACCUCCAGCCUGUGUGAAGACAAGCAGUUUCCAUGUUCCACUUGCACAGAUUUAUCUAAGCAGUCUUCAGUCAUGUUGCUAGGAGAGAGAAGGGGACAGCAAGCGUUCCUGAAGGCAGAUGAUCCCCCGUCACAUUCCAACGUCUUGCAGGAUGCUCUAUUAUCCCUUGGUUCUGUCAUUGAUGCCAGUUCUUUGCGUGAAGUUGUUCAAGAAGUGCUCAAGGAAGUCAUUCCUAAAUUGGAGAGCGUAUUUAUCUAUCUGCUGGAUGCAGAAACUGGGAAGCUGUUUUGUGACAAUCCUCCACAUGAGCUACCACCAGAAGGCAACGCCCACGAUGCUGUUAUUAAGAAGACUAGGCUUGGUUCUAGUGGAUUGCCUUCAUCUGAGCUACAUGAAAAACAGAUCGGCAGUUUGGCUGCUCCUCUUCCACCAGAUAAGCAAGUUUUAAUUAUCCCACUGUUGGACAAAGACAUUGACACAGUGGUAGCAGUGAUCUUGGUUUGUUGCAACCAGUUGGCUGAGACAGAUGAACAGAAUCUCAUUACUUUGGAAAAACAUGUCACAGUUGCUUGUAAAAGAGUUAAUAAUUUGCAGAAGAAGGCAAAAUGGCCUAAGGCUAACACAUUACAGAGUCCUUCUCCAAGCUCACCGGCCAAAUCAGAAUCAGCAAAGAGUGGGAAAUAUGAUGAACUGGAUCACAACAUACUGCAGCUGUGUGGAGAACUGUACGACCUUGAUGCAGCCUCACUUCAGCUGAAAGUGAUUAAAUAUUUGCAGCAGGAAACCUCCUCCAUGUGUUGCUGUCUGUUGCUGGUUUCUGAAGAUAAUCAUCAGCUGUUUUGCCAGGUGGUUGGAGAAAAGGUCAUGGAAGAGGAAAUCAGUUUCCCGCUAACAUUUGGUCGCCUAGGGCAAGUUGUUGAGAAGAAGACAUCUAUUACACUGGAGGAUAUCAGCUCUGAAGAACACAAACAGUUAAACAGCAUGCUUGGAUUUGAAGUUCACUCCAUGCUUUGUGUACCUGUUAUCAGUAGAGCUACUUCCCAAGUGGUGGCUUUGGCCUGUGCGUUUAAUAAGAAAGGACAGCAAAGGUACACAAAAGAAGAUGAGCACAAAAUCCAACACUGCUUCUGUUAUACUUCAACUGUCUUAACCAGCACACUGGCUUUCCAGAAAGAACAGAAGUUGAAGUUUGAAUGUCAGGCCCUGCUUCAAGUUGCCAAAAACCUCUUUACACAUUUAGAUGAUGUGUCUGUCUUGCUUCAGGAGAUAAUUAUAGAGGCCAGAAAUCUUAGUAAUGCAGAAAUCUGCUCCGUGUUCCUAUUGGACAGAACAAGCAGUGAACUGGUUGCCAAAGUCUUUGAUGGAGGUGUAGUUAAUGAUGAGAAAGAGUUUCGAAUCCCAGCUGAUCAAGGUAUUGCUGGUCAUGUAGCAACCACAGGGAAGAUCCUGAACAUUAAAGAUGCCUACUCACACCCGUUGUUUUAUCGUGGUGUGGACGACAGCACUGGUUUCCGGACAAGGAAUAUUCUUUGCUUCCCAAUCAAGGAUGAAAACAAUGAAGUGAUUGGCGUGGCUGAACUCUGCAAUAAAAUCAAUGGCCCGUGGUUCAACAGGUUUGAUGAAGACUUGGCCACUGCAUUCUCAAUUUACUGUGGAAUCAGCAUAGCCCACUCCCUGCUGUAUAAGAAAGUUCAUGAGGCCCAGUUUAGAAGUCAUUUAGCCAAUGAAAUGAUGAUGUACCAUAUGAAGGUUUCAGAUGAAGAGGUUUCCAAGCUUCUAAAAUCUGGAAUUGAACCAGUAGAUGAAAUUCAUCCCAGUUUUGCAUAUUUUACAUAUACACCACGCUCUUUGCCAGAUGAGAGCACUCCAAUGUGCAUUCUAAGCAUGUUUGAAGAUAUGGGAUUCAUCAAUACCUACAAAAUUGACCUGAAUACACUUGCAAGGUUCUGCCUGAUGGUGAAGAAAGGGUACAGAGACCCACCCUAUCAUAACUGGAUGCACGCAUUCUCAGUGUCCCAUUUCUGCUAUCUUCUUAAUAUGAAUUUGGAACUCUCUAAAUACCUUGAGGAUAUAGAGAUCCUUGCUCUUUUCGUGUCAUGCAUGUGUCAUGACUUGGAUCACAGGGGGACUAACAAUUCAUUCCAAGUGGCAUCAAAAUCUGUACUGGCUGCUUUGUACAGUUCAGAGGGAUCGGUGAUGGAGAGACACCAUUUUGCACAGGCUAUAGCAAUUCUAAACACUCAUGGUUGCAAUAUCUUUGAGCAGUUCUCCAGGAAGGAUUACCAAAGAAUGCUGGAUCUCAUGAGAGAUAUCAUUCUAGCAACAGACUUGGCCCACCAUCUUCGCAUAUUUAAAGACUUGCAGAAAAUGGCUGAUGUGGGAUACAACCCGUUGAAGAAGGGGCACCACAGUCUGCUUCUCUGCCUGUUGAUGACCUCAUGUGACUUAUCAGACCAAACUAAAGGGUGGAAGACCACAAGGAAGAUAGCGGAACUUAUCUAUAAAGAAUUCUUUUCCCAAGGAGAUCUGGAGAAAGCCAUGGGUAACCGGCCGAGUGAAAUGAUGGACAGAGAAAAAGCCUACAUUCCUGAAUUGCAGAUAAGCUUCAUGGAGCAUAUUGCUAUGCCCAUUUACAAGCUUCUUCAAGAACUUUUCCCCAAGUCAGCAGAACUUUAUCAGAGGGUUGCAGCUAAUCGGGAGCAGUGGACCAAGGUGUCACACAAAUUCACCAUUCGAGGGUUGCCUAGCAACAACUCUCUUGACUUUCUGGAUGAAGAAUAUGAGCAGCUCCAGCAGCAGACGGCAGAAUCUCUAAAGAUGAAUGGCUGUUUGGAUAGCCAAGGAAUGAUUGAGAGCUUAGAGGAAUGAGUUAAAAAAUAAAUAUUACCUUUGAAAACAUAAAAAAGAAAAUGAUUUCAUAAAAAAUGCAUCUGAGAACUUUUCUGCUCUGUUUCAGAAGGAUCUUACAGGCUGUAAAACGGUUUAUACAGCUGUGUGAACAAACGAGUGACUGAAAAAAGGUGAACACGUUGUGCGGUCAGGUUUUGGCUACAGGACUGAUAUCUUUAUUCUAGAAUGAAAUGCUUACAAAACAAAAAUCUAGAAUCACACAGAAUGACUUGUGAAUACAGAUCCACAACGGCGUGUCAACAAGGGGGUCAAUGACCUUGGUCCUGGAAGUGGGUGUGUGUGGUAAGAAAAGCUGUGCAUCUACCAAAGUUACACUCAGCUUCUCGUGGGACAGUCACACAUUUUGUCAUCAUGGAAACAUUCAGAAACUAAACAGUUCUCUAUAAUCCGUUGCAACUAGACAAAUGUAAAGCUUCUCUGUCUCUUUUAUUUCUGUUUUAUACUUAAUGUAAGUACAGAAGAAGAAAAUGAAGAAACACCUUUUAUUUAUGUUGAUUUUGCCAUUUUGUUUCACAGAGUUUUGUAGUUCCAUUUUCUUACUUUUUUUAUCAGUCCAUCUGUAAUGGAAGUACUAAAUAAUCUGUGGAGAAACUUUGUGCCGUGCGCCAGCUUUUAUAUCAAGAAAACACAUGCCCUACCAAUUUAACAUCCUUUAGUUUUGUUGCCAGGCUUUUUGAAUUAUGGUGUAAUUUUGAUUGCUUACAGAAAGUGCAUUUCAUUUUGUACAUUUUAGUCUGAGACUGACAUCAAAGGUGGUUGUGUUUUUGAAUGCUCUAACCCGAGUGGAUUUUGACUUGAUUGAUUAAAUCUGUGAACUCACUUGAGAGUUGCCAUGUGCCAAUGCUGAUUGUUGUUUCUUGCUCAGUUUUCUACACUAAAUAUUGUUACAGUUGAUGACUAUUUUAUAUUUUCAGUAGCUUUUCAAUCCAUAUGAAUAUUGAAUUAGAACAUAAAAAUAUUUUACAUUGUUUCAUACCCAUAAAUAAAUGCACAGAAUUGUGAAUCAUCUUACAUAAAAUCUUUUGACUGACUUAAUAUAUACUGAGAUGAAAAAUACGUCAAAUAUAAACACAUAUGAUUAUUUCAUUAGAUCCCUGCAAAUUUUUAAUGUGUAAAAUUACAUUUAAAUCAACAAUCUUUUUAUUAUCAUUCACUUGUGUUUUUUAGAUUAGAAGAUAACUUUAUCAUUAUUUAUCAUCAUAGCACUGUUAAUGAAUUAAGGUAAUUAAAGUACUUAAUACUCCAGCCCACUGCAACUCUAGUUGAACGAGAUUGAGAAUGUUAUGUUAUAUUUUUAAUUGAGAAAUGUAUUUAUGACUCUUGUUAAUAUAUAGUUUCAUCACUGUUCAUAAAUAACCUGUUACACCAAAGAAUUUAAUGAUACCACAGACUUUGCUGAUGACACUUCAAAAUAGGUUAGCACACCAAAAUUUACAGAAUCCUGCUGAUCAUGAUUCUUUGUUUUCUACUUACCAGUUGUAAAUAUGUGCAUUUUACUUUUUCAUACUUUCAAAACUAAUAUGUCAAAUGUUAAUGCCACUAUAAAACAACAUUUAGAAGUGGUACGCUCUACAUGUAUGGUAUGUGGGUAUACAGUAUAUAGUGUAAUAUAUGCACAAAUAAACAAACGCUAAUAGAGACAGAAUUGGAGAGGGUUGCCUCAGAUCCCAGACUUAAGUUCAUCACAGACUGGGAGCAUUUCUACAUCAAGGAGUAUCCCAGGACCCCUCCCGAUGUGUUUGUGCACUUAUCAGUCAAGUUAACCAAACAUGCUUGAUGGACUGAACAGUCUUUUGUUGUUUAUUGAACUUCUUAUUUCUUAUAUUCGGAGGAUGCCACAACAAGUGUAAGAGACAAGACGUUCCACAACAUUAAUAAAAAUGAAAGCUGAUUAGCCUAAAACCUCCCAUUUUUUCUUGUGAGGUAUAAAUACUGUUUAUAUUCUAUGUCUUUUUUUAGUUCAUCUUUACUAAGCUCAUCUUAUGUAUGUAAGUAAGCAUACACACAAAUUAUGAUAUGGGGUUAGGUGCCCACACUGGGCAUCUUCUUUUAGCUCUGGGUGAAAGAAAAGAAAUCAUUAGCAUGGGAACAACUCAAACCCCCCCAACGUCCCAGAGUACUACUGCUUACCUAAUUUGUUUCAGGACCACACUUCAAACACUGGCCACUACUACAACUAGAAAAGAAAAUGUCCAUAAAAAACCUACAAAUUAGUGCUUGAAUUGGCAGCAACACAAUGUAUUCAUUCUAAAUAGGUUUCAACUGCUUGGUGCUGCAAAGAAAACAGAAGAUACUAUUAGCAACAGUACCCUCUACCAUCUCAGGGUGGUGUUUAUCAACUUAUCACAGCUGUACAGGCAAACUCGAUGCACAUGUGUGGAUAUAUAUAUAUAUAUAUAUAUAUAUAUAUAUAUAUAUAUAUAUAUAGUGGUUUACUGGCCAAUAUGUGAAGUAUGCACAUUUUCUCUGCACAUACCCACUGCUAAUAUGUUUUCUAGAAUUUUGUGAUGCUGCUUAUUAUCAAGUUUUAUAUCUGGACAAAGAGAUAUCUGAUUUUUUGUUUUAUCGAGUGAGACUAGUAUCCAAGUGACAUACAGAUUAAGUUGAUCGGUAGCUCUAAACUGGCCCUAAGUGUGUAUGAAGGACUGGCAUGCUGUGACCCUAUAAUGGAAUACACAGGUUUGAAAAAUUGGAACAAUACAAAGAAAUAAAUAUUUAUUCAAUUGAUUUAGGCAUGAUCCCUACUAAACUUAUAGUGAUUUAUAAUUUCAAGAAACAUUAAAUACGGUUAUUUAUUUUAUACAUUUAUAUGGAAUCCACUGGACAUAUAUUACCUGGUUGAGGCAAAUUAUGUAGCAGUUUGACUAUCUGAACUAAAUUAGGAUUUUUCUCAUGUAUGUGUGUGUCCAAUUACUAAAUGGCUUGUGAUAUAUUGAGACACAUAAUAUGGCUGGGGCUCUUUCCAUGGAGGUGAUUGCAAUCUGAAAUCACAGACACAAUGUGUACUCUGCAUUAUUCAUUUGCCUUACUUAUCUCAGUUGCCUUUGGAAAAAAGUGUCUAAUUGAAAAUGACGAUCCUGAUAUUGAGUGAUUUCUGUAUGUGUGUGUUUGCUUUGGAGGUCAUCAAGUAUUUUGGUCUUGCAUUUUUAUAUUCAGAUAUGUUAAAAGGUAUGAAUACUCUAUAUAACUAAUGAUUUUUUGCAUUUGUUAUGUUUUAAUGUUUCUCUGUUAGUUUUACUUUUAAUAAUAUAUAAAAUCCUUCCUGCUCUUUACAAAAUUCACUAAAUACAUUUUUAAAUUGUGUAAAUUUCCAUUUAUUACUGUACUUUUAACACAUAUAUUGAAAUCAAUUUGUUAGCCUCAUGUAAUAACAACAUAUCUUCUAAGAUCAUAAAGUACUGAAUGUCAAAGCAAGCUUUGAAAACAAGAAAAAACGAAAAAAUAUACAGUGCAGUUUGCUCACUAAAGUAUAUUACUUUUGAAUGCAUUGUGUUUUAUUAAUGUACACAGUUCUAUGAUAAAUUAUGCCAGACUGGCAGUGUGCCAACCAUAAAUAUGGAACUGUAAAUGUAUUAUUCCAAUAUGCUUUGUAUAUACAGUAAAUAAUUGCUGACAGCCUUUGAUGUGACAUUUACUAUAUGUUGUUAUUAUUUUUUUAAACAGUGAAUGAAAGCAAAUUCAUUUUUCUUGAGCUAUCCUUGGGUCUAUAAAUACAUUUGUUUUUAAACAAUUUUGUUUAUAUAUAGAAACCUUAAAAAGUUGUCCUGCUGACUCAGGAGGUUGUGUAAAUGUGCAAAGAGCAGACAGCUUGGAGGAAAAGGGCUGGAGCUGAUGGCCUCAUGAGGCUGUAGUAAACAUUAUACAGAGAUCAUUAGUUCUACAUUAUUUUCUGGAGAUUUAUUAUGUACCUUUAAAAUGCUACUUUAAACAUAGCAGGUCUGCUUUUAAAAAUGUAUUUUGGUGUCCUCCAACCUGUUAUUAGUAGCUAGACAGAAAGUAGCUAAGUUGACUUGCCGAAUGAACCCGAAGUCUUUUGCUUUCCUUUUCAGUUGGGUUGUGCUUUUGUUUGUUUGUAUAGAUAUCUGUAGAUACUGUAAAGGGAGUCUGUGCCGAAGAGUUUAUUUAAUGUCUCCAAGGGAAUAUGUUUGCAAUGAAGUGUUUAAACUUAAAAAGGCAUUGUUUUCUCAGAUAACUGUGAACUGUGAAGUACAGUUAACUUUUUAUCUAAAUAAAUUUCCUACAUCAAAACAA